AUGAGACAUGCAAAAACAUGGGCACCCUCCUCGUCGCUCCGCGCCAUUUUGCUCUUCGAUCGCCCCGGCGCGCGAAGCCAAGGGAAGGCCGCCAUCAUGGACUCCGAAAUCGAGUACGAGCUGCCCGGUCUCAUCCGCGUGCACAAGAGCGGCUUCGUGGAGCGCCUGCAAGGCACCGAGACCUCCCCGCCCUCCCCCUCCGGGGACCCCGCCACCGGCGUCGCCUCCAAGGACGUCGUCCUAGGAGACCCCGCGUCCAACGUCUCCGUCCGCCUCUACCUUCCCUCCAACGCCGCCGCGGAGCCCGGCAAGAAGCUCCCCGUUGUCGUCUUCUACUACGGCGGCGCAUUCGUGGUCAGCACCGCCGCCACCGUGAUCUACCACAGGUACGCCGCCUCCCUCGCCGCCGCGGUCCCUGCCGUCGUCGUAUCCGUCAACUACCGCCUCGCUCCGGAGACCCCGCUCCCGGCAGCCUACGACGACGUCUUCGCGGGCCUCAAGGCGGUCGUCGCCGCGUGCCGUCCGGACGGCGCGGAGCCCUGGCUCGCGACGUACGGCGACGCAUCCCGCAUCGUCCUCGCCGGCGACAGCGCCGGCGCCAACCUGGCGCACCACACCGCGGUAAGGCUUCGGAAGGAACCUAUCGAGGGGUACGGCGACGAGGUCCGCGGCGUCGCGCUCCUGUACUCCUACUUCUGGGGGAAAGAGCCGCUGGGCGGGGAGCCCGCAGACGCCGCCGUCCGCGGCAGGUUCGAGCGCUCCUGGGAGGUCGCCUGCGACGGCAAGUUCGGCCCCGACCACCCGUACAUCAACCCGUUUUCGGCGCCGCAGGAGGAGUGGAGGCAGCUCGGGUGCCGCCGCGUGCUGGUCACCACCGGAGAACUCUGCUGGUUCGUGGAGAGGUCGCGCGCCUACGUAGAGGCGAUCAAGGCGUGCGGGUGGGACGGCGAGCUCGACUUCUACGAGACCAAGGGCAAGGGACACGUAUACUUCUUGUUCAACCCUGACUGCGAAGAGGCCAUCAAGGACCUCGCCGUCGUGGCGGACUUCGUCAGGCGCUGCUGA